UUCGCAAGUGGUGGUACAUGUGAUUUGUCGCGUUUCCACGUUAACAACCGAGGUGGCGAGAUAUAAUAUUAUCGUCUGCCGAAUAUCGUCGUCGCGCCCGCCGCUCGCUAAAUAAUUAUUAAUUAUAAUAACACUUAUUAUUAUAUAAUAUAUUAAUACGCACACUCGCGCGCUCGCGUCAAAACCACGUAAUUAAUUAACAAUAUUUUAUAAUAAUUUCCCGUCGUCGGUGUACCCGCGCCCGUUGUCCGCAUCUCAGUAUUCGACGGAUUUGAAGCAAUCAUGGCCGAUCUAGAUAAUUUUUUUGCAAAGAAAGACCGCAAGAAAACCAAAGGUCAAAAAUUUGCAACAUCCUCGGAUAAUAUGGCUACUGGACAAGAAGAGUUACAAAAAAAACAAGACAAACAGAAAAAAGAAAGAUCUGAAAGGUCGCUUACGAUUCAAAAUAAUUAUGCGACCGAUAAUGACAACAAAAAUUCUUCUAAAAUGUUAGAAGACGAAUGGAAUGAAUACCAAGAAGAAAUAAAAGACUAUACAACACUUAAAAUGCAAAAUUUGACAGCUGAAUGUCCUUCCAGCUGUACAGAUAACAAUGAUAAAGACGAUGAAAUAGAAUUUGAAGAAAACGAAGCAGGAGAAAUGGUACCAAAACGAAAAAAUGCAGGACCUUGGAAAUUAAAAGAAACUGAACUACCUCCUCCACCACCAAAAGCUGCUCCCCCAGUUGUUGCUGAAGUACAGAAAAAGGUAUAUGUACCGCCAGCUCAACGUAACAAUUUUCAAGGUGGACAUAGAAGUGCACCAAAAAAUAAAACUAGCUUAGAUGUUAAAGAUGAAGAAAUGUUUCCAACUCUUCAAGGCAAUAAUAGUACUAAAAAAAGUGUAGCUCCUGCUGCUAGAAAAGUUGAAACUCCAGCAUGGGCCAAGUAUCAAUGAGUAAAAGUUAUAAUAAACAUGCACAUAAAUAUUAUCUUUUAAAAAAAUUUCUAAAAAAAAAAAAAAAUGCCUAAUUAA